AGUGAUUUCCUCUGGGUUACGGCGCAGGCGCAAGAUAAGCUAGGAGCCGCGCGAGUCGUAGUGUCGCUGUUUGCGGGUCUCCGCGCGGGACCGGGGCGCAGCGGGGUCGCUGAGGCGAGGGUGUCAUGUCAGACAACGAGGACAAUUUUGAUGGCGACGACUUUGAUGAUGUGGAGGAGGAUGAAGGGCUAGAUGACUUGGAGAAUGCCGAAGAGGAAGGCCAGGAGAAUGUCGAGAUCCUCCCCUCUGGGGAGCGACCGCAGGCCAACCAGAAGCGAAUCACCACACCAUACAUGACCAAGUACGAGCGAGCCCGCGUGCUGGGCACCCGAGCACUCCAGAUUGCGAUGUGUGCCCCUGUGAUGGUGGAGCUGGAGGGGGAGACAGAUCCUCUGCUCAUUGCCAUGAAGGAACUCAACUACUUCCAGAAAGCAUUUGAGGAAGCACCAGUACAGGGAUAAGAGAUGAAGAGACAGGCCAGGUCAGGCUCACCAAGCAGGAGGCGGCGGCUCAGAGAGGAGUGACUCGCCUGAAGCCCCGUGACCAAUGCAUGGUGGAUGGAAGUACAUGGAAUGCCAGAGCCAGGCUGGUGACUAGUGCUGGUGGUGGGGACUGGUCAAGGCGGCCGCCAGGGAAGGGAUGUGAGGACAUGGUCUAGACUGAUGGACCAGAUGGCGGGGGCAGGCACAGGGGGAGGGAGGUUUCAAGGACACCCCUCAGUUUCUGGCCCAGGUGACCAGGUGGAAGGUCAUUCCAUCUCCUGAGUGAGGGACACAGCAGGACAGACAGGCUUGGGGAGGGACUGUUGGGAUGUCUGGAGUCUAGGAGAGGAUCCAGGCGGGGGAUGGAGGGGAGGGCGGAAUGAGCUCAUGGGGCAAGUGGAAGGCUUGUGGGCGGUGGAAGAGCUCCAGCCCCCGGACACCUAGCCAAGGUCAAGUAAUAACGACAGUAGACGUUACAUAGCCUUGACUCUGUACAGACCUCAUCCUGCAUCCUUACGUUAACUCAUUGAACCCUCCCAACCAUUAUCAAAUUGGAGGUACCAUUAUCACACCCAUUUUAUAGUUGGGGAAACUGAGGCAAGAGACAUUAAGUCUGCAAUAUUGGAAUAGGCAAAUCUGUAGAGAAAGGAAUGUGGGUGAGUGGUGGGCUGGGGCUGGGGGCUGGGAAGGAUCACGGCUAACGGGCACAGGCUUUCUUUUUUGGGUGAUGAAAAUAUUCUAAAAUGACUGUGAAAAUAUUGCACAACUCUGUGAAUAUGUGAAAAACCACUGAAUUGUAUGCUUUAACUGUAUGAAUUGUAUGGUAUUUGAAUUUCACCUCAAUAAAGCUGUUAUCAAAAAGCAA